GACAAGAAGAAGCGCAAGAGCCGACGCAAGUACAGAUUCAAGUACGAACAGCUCUCGCUGUACUUCCACAUGCCGCAGAAGCUGGCGGCCAAGGAGCUGGGCGUGGCGGCGAUCACCGUCAAGCGCAACUGCAAGGAGAUCGGCCUCAAGUGGCCCUACCGA